UCACAGGCUCCGGCACCGCGCUCAGGGGCGGGUCUAUAGUGGGAAGGGGACGCGCGCCCUGCGGCCCGGCCUCUAGUCAUCGCCCUCGCGGCGGCGGCCAACACCACCGCCACUGCCACCCCUCCCAGACUGUAGACGGGAGGAUGGAGUCGAUGGCCGUCGCUACCGACGGCGGGGAAAGGCCGGGGGUCCCAGCGGGCUCAGGUCUGUCGGCUUCCCAGCGUCGGGCCGAGCUGCGUCGGAGAAAGCUACUUAUGAACUCGGAACAGCGCAUCAACCGGAUCAUGGGCUUUCACAGGCCCGGGAGCGGCGCGGAAGAAGAAAGUCAAACAAAAUCAAAGCAGCAGGACAGUGAUAAACUGAACUCCCUCAGCGUUCCUUCCGUUUCAAAGCGAGUAGUGCUGGGUGAUUCAGUCAGUACAGGAACAACUGACCAGCAGGGUGGUGUGGCCGAGGUAAAGGGGACCCAACUGGGAGACAAAUUGGACUCGUUCAUUAAACCACCUGAGUGCAGUAAUGAUGUCAACCUUGAGCUCCGGCAGCGGAACAGAGGGGACCUGACAGCGGACUCGGUCCAGAGGGGUUCCCACCAUGGCCUAGAGCAGUACCUUUCCAGAUUCGAAGAAGCAAUGAAGCUAAGGAAACAGCUGAUUAGUGAAAAACCCAGUCAAGAGGAUGGAAGCACAGCAGAAGAAUUUGACUCUUUUCGAAUAUUUAGAUUGGUGGGAUGUGCUCUUCUUGCUCUUGGAGUCAGAGCUUUUGUUUGCAAAUACUUGUCCAUAUUUGCUCCAUUUCUUACUUUACAACUUGCGUACAUGGGAUUAUACAAAUAUUUUCCCAAGAGUGAAAAAAAGAUAAAGACAACAGUACUAACAGCUGCACUUCUAUUAUCGGGAAUUCCUGCCGAAGUGAUAAAUCGAUCAAUGGAUACCUAUAGCAAAAUGGGCGAAGUCUUCACAGAUCUCUGUGUCUACUUUUUCACUUUUAUCUUUUGUCAUGAACUGCUUGAUUAUUGGGGCUCUGGAGUACCAUGAAGCCUGUAGAACUGAGAAGGCGAAGCUUACAAAAAAAAAAAAUCCUCUUCUAAAAUUGCAGUGUCUCUAAAGGAGGCAAAUUGGUUUACACCUUCAUGUAACUCUUUUACUUUAGGGGUUGUAAAACUACUUUAUUAGAAAUAGAAUGGCAGAUUCUCUGAUUUAAAAGGGCUGAGUUUGUAUUAUUACUGAUAUGAAGAAUAGAGUACCAAUGUGAUUAAUUGAUUUUUCUUGUUUAAUCAGAAUUCCUAUUCUGUACCUUUCCUCUAACUUCUCAGAUUUGUAAUUCUUCUUUUGGGAGCUGAGCUAGUGCUUUUAGGAGAACAGAUAAACGUGGUCUCAGCCAGCCCUAGAGACUGCUUCUUGUAUUUGUGUCAUUCUGUCCUGAGAAAUGAAGUCAUCUGAAAAAUAAAAUGAAAGAAACUGAAUUGUCUAAUGUUAA